AUGAGCGAGUACUUGAACGACGAUGGUAAAUUAAAGCUGAACGCCAUUGCUAUAAAAAACAUCUCCAUUUGUUUCACUUCGAGCUAUGGAUCAAAAUCAAUAUUAAUAACGUACAAGGAAACUGAGGAAGAUCGUUUUUCGGAAGAAAACUCCAAAGAUGCUACGGAUUCUUCACUACCGACUAAGAAACAGAGAAACUACUCCGUAGCAAUAGUGAUGCAGAAAACUACAUUUCAGGAACUGCAAAAUGUAGUCAAAUGUGUCAACGCUCAUUUAGAACAUUUAAAAUUGUUAAGCGAUAACGUCAAUAUGACAAUAGCAUUAAUGGCCUCCGCGGAGGAAUCCUCCACACCCGGGUCAUCUAUGGCGACAACUUCCUCCGGCGUAAUAUCUGUAACAAACGACAUAUGCAUCGCGACCGCGAUCAUCUCUCGACGAACAGAGAACGAUGGUCUGACAAAUUGGAGUAGUACAGCGGCCUUAUAUAAUAGUACUGCGGCUAGUACCUGUUGGAAGGGGAAUGGAAGAGAAAGGGGAAAGUGGAUAAUUGGGGUAGACAUAGACCAGCCUCUACCAAGCCCCCGUAACUUAGUUAGUUCUCACGUUUACGCAAUGUCCGAAUGGCGCUGUGAAGAUAAAGUUAGCUCCAAUAAAAAUAAAAAUAAAUCGUAUCAAUUUGAUAAAGUUUUUGGGCCAGAUUCCAGUCAGAAUGACAUUUUUGAAGACAUCGAACCUCUAGUGGAAUCAGCACUAGAGGGACAAAACGUAACCAUUUUUACAUAUGGCCAUACUGGAUCUGGUAAAACAUAUAUAAUACAAGAAGAAAAAGGCGGAAAUGAAGGACUAAUUCCAAGAACAGAUCACUGCGACUACAAAAUUCAACAAUCGACAUAUUUUACAUUCUCUAGAUCCCAUUUAAUAGUCAGCCUAAAGGUAAUCGGUACACCUGAAAAUGAGAAACAAACAUUCUUAGGUAGUAUUAAUUUUUUGGAUCUAGCUGGUUCGGAAAAAUAA